AUGCUGUCUGGAGACGAAAAGGGUCUCUACUGUGAUCAAUUGGUGGUGAUAUUAGAGACUCCACAGAAAUUGCUCAUCCUGGAGGAUCUCAUAGCCGUUUUAACAAUCUUCUCAGAGGAAGAAAUAUGUGAAGAUUCUUUGGCAUCAAAGCUUCUUCGUUGGUUGGCGGCAUCUGUAAUUCAUGAGAUGAUCUCUGAUAGAUCCACAUAUGCGGAUACAACAUAUUCAGAAAGAUCUGAUCUGAAAAUGCUCAAUUCGUUGUUACAAUUUGUCAAAGAAACAAGCAGAGGAAGAAGCCGAAAUGCAUCUGGAGCUGGAAAGGCAUUAGCUGCUGCGAUUUUGUACCUUCAACAGCUUCUGGGCACGGAUUGCCGAGUGCUUCCAUCUGUUGUGUCUGCACUUUGCCUUCUACUGUACGAUUUCUGCGAUGUUGCAGUUACCGAAUCAGAUCUCUUGCUCGAUGGCACUCCUGUGGCAUCACAACUGUCGAAGAUAAGCUGCCCUCUUGAAGCUAAUCUUGCUUGGAGAUGGUCGUUUCAUCAGCCAUGGAAGAACUUCUGUCGGAGAGGACAGAUUUGGAGAGGCUGGAUGAAUACCAUGCAUGUCAGACCCUGCUACUCGUGAUCUCGAACACGCUUCGGACAAGCCCUUCGAGCUCGCUCGCUUUAUCGCCUAGGGACGUCGAGAGAUGCGGUGUGUACGGAAUGGGAAUGGGAAAGGGGAGUACC